UUGUCACUCAUAGUUCGUACAUCGCGGUGGUCGCACGCGCCUAAACCAAUACAACAAGAGCAAUUUCAGUGCGGGGUAAUAAUCCGAUAAUAAUAAUUGUAUUAUUAGCUGCGUGUGAGUUUCGUAGCAAGCGUAGCAGUUGUCUACGAGCCGUCGCGUGCGUUCGUUCAGUGUCGAAAAACGUUCGUUCGUUUUCUCUCCUGUGCCGAUAUUUCUACUGAAGUAAAGAAAAAUGGCAAGCAAGACAGUAAACAAUGUAGAAUCCGGUGAGGCCGCGGCUCCCGAAGCCAAGGGUGAGACUUCGGCAGCAGCGAGACCAGGCCCCAGGCCAGUGCAGGUGUAUCCACCCGGCUCCGAGCGCAUCCGACCGGCUCCGAGCGCAUCCGACCGGCUGCGAGCGCAUCCGACCGGCUGCGAGCGUAUCCGACCGGCUGCGAGCACAUCCGAUCGGCUCCGAGCGCAUCCGCUUUCAGGCCGAUUCUAG